AUGGAGACCGGCGCCGGCCCCCACCCGCUGCGCCUCUUCGCCUGCCUGAUGCCGCUCUGUCUCGCGCUGCUUGUAGGGCCCGGGCGGCCCGGGACCGCCGAGGAAGUCAUCCUCCUGGAUUCUAAAGCGUCCCAGGCUGAGCUGGGCUGGACUGCACUGCCCAGUAAUGGGUGGGAAGAGAUCAGCGGUGUGGACGAGCACGACAGGCCCAUCCGCACGUACCAAGUGUGCAACGUGCUGGAGCCCAACCAGGACAACUGGCUGCAGACGGGUUGGAUCAGCCGCGGCCGUGGACAGCGCAUCUUCGUGGAACUGCAGUUCACGCUGCGCGACUGCGGCAGCAUCCCCGGCGCCGCGGGCACCUGCAAGGAAACCUUCAACGUCUACUACCUGGAGACCGAGGCCGAUCUAGGCCGUGGACGUCCCCACCCGGGCGGCAGCCGGCCCCACAAAAUCGACACAAUCGCCGCGGACGAGAGCUUCACGCAGGGCGACCUGGGCGAGCGCAAGAUGAAGCUGAACACAGAGGUGCGCGAGAUUGGCCCGCUCAGCCGGCGGGGCUUCCACCUGGCCUUCCAGGACGUGGGCGCCUGCGUGGCGCUGGUCUCUGUGCGCGUCUACUAUAAGCAAUGCCGAGCCACCGUGCGAGGCCUGGCCGCCUUUCCAGCCACUGCGGCCGAGGGCGCCUUCUCCACUCUGGUGGAGGUGACCGGAACGUGCGUGGCACAUUCGGAAGGGGAGCCCGGUAGCCCCCCGCGUAUGCACUGCGGUGCCGAUGGUGAGUGGCUGGUGCCUGUGGGCCGCUGCAGCUGCAGUGCGGGAUUCCAGGAGCAUGGCGACAUCUGCGAAGCCUGCCCUCCAGGGUUUUACAAGGUGUCCCCAAGGCGGCCCCUUUGCUCGCCUUGUCCUGAGCACAGUCGCGCUUUGGAAAACGCCUCCACGUUCUGCGUGUGCCAUGAGAGCUAUGCGCGCUCGCCCACCGACCCACCCUCCGCUUCCUGCACCCGUGAGUCCCAAAGACCAUGUCACCUCACCUUUGUGCCCAGGUCCCUCCUGGGACUGCUGGCUGCACGUGGAGCGCCCUGGGAGGAGGAUGAGAUCCGCAGGGACCGGGUGGAGCCCCAGAGUGUGUCCCUGUCGUGGCGGGAGCCCGUCCCCGCAGGAGCCCCCGGGGCCAACAGCACGGAGUAUGAGAUCCGUUACUACGAGAAGGGCCAGAGUGAGCAGACCUACUCCACCGUGAAGACCGGGGCGCCUGCCGUCACCGUCACUAACCUGAAGCCAGCCACCCGCUACGUCUUUCAGAUCCGGGCAGCAUCCCUGGGGCCCCCCUGGGAGGCUCAGGGCUUCAACCCCAGCAUCGAGGUGCAGACUCCAGGGGAGGCCGCCCCGGGGUCCAGGGACCAGAGCCCGGCAGUGGUCGUCACCGUGGUGAGCAUCUCGGCCCUCCUGGUCCUGGGCUCGGUGGUGAGCGUGCUGGCUGUGUGGAGGAGGCCCUGCAGCUACAGCAAAGGAGGCCGAGACGCCCAUGACGAAGAGGAGCUCUAUUUCCACUUCAAGGUGCCAACACGCCGCACCUUCGUGGACCCGCAGAGCUGUGGGGACCCACUACAGGCUGUGCAUCUGUUCGCCAAGGAGCUGGAUGCGAAAAGCGUCACGCUGGAGAGGAGCCUGGGAGCAGGCCGGUUUGGGGAGCUGUACUGCGGCUGCCUGCAGCUGCCCGGCCGCCAGGAGCUGCCGGUGGCCGUGCACAUGCUGAGGGACGGCUGCUCGGACUCUCAGAGGCUCAGCUUUCUGGCCGAGGCCCUAACCCUGGGCCAGUUUGACCACAGCCAUAUCGUGCGGCUGGAGGGUGUCGUCACCCGAGGAAGCACCUUGAUGAUUGUCACCGAGUUCAUGAGCCACGGGGCACUGGACGGCUUUCUCAGGCGGCAUGAGGGGCAGCUGGCAGCAGGGCAGCUGAUGGGGCUGCUGCCGGGGCUGGCGUCGGCCAUGAAGUACCUGUCGGAGAUGGGCUACGUGCACCGAGGCCUGGCGGCCCGCCGCGUGCUCCUCAGCAGCGGCCUGCUCUGCAAGCUCUCGGGCUUUGGCCGCGGCCCCCGGGACCGCGCUGAGGCUGUCUACACCACCAUGAGUGGCCGGAGCCCGGCUCUCUGGGCUGCCCCCGAGACACUCCAGUUCGGCCACUUCAGCUCUGCCAGCGACGUGUGGAGCUUCGGCGUGGUCAUGUGGGAGGUGAUGGCCUUCGGGGAGCGGCCCUACUGGGACAUGUCCGGGCAGGACGUGAUCAAGGCAGUGGAGGACGGCUUCCGGCUGCCGCCCCCCAGGAGCUGCCCCUCCCCGCUGCACCGCCUGAUGCUGGACUGCUGGCAGAAGGACCCGGGUGAGCGGCCCAGGUUCUCCCAGAUCCACAACACCCUCGGCAAGAUGGUGCAGGACCCCGAGCCCCCCAAGUAUGCCACGACCACCUGUCCCAGGCCUCCCACCCCCCUGGCGGACCGUGCCUUCUCCACCUUCCCCACCUUCGUCUCCGUGGGUGCAUGGCUGGAGGCCCUGGACCUUGGCCGCUAUAAGGACAGCUUUGCUGCAGCUGGCUACGGGAGCCUGGAGGCGGUGGCCGCGAUGACUGCUCAGGACCUGGUGAGCCUGGGCAUCACGUCAGCUGACCAUCAGGAGGCUCUCCUCAGCGGGAUCAGCACCCUGCGGGCACGAGUUCUGCAGCUGCAGGGCCAGGGGGUACAGGUGUGAGUGGCCAGGACUUGGGGGGGGGCGGUCCCCCGACCCCUGGCCCCGCCCACUCAAGAGCGAGAGCUCUCUUCUCCACUGGGGCCCAGAGCUUGUUGGGGGCCACAGUGUCCCCCCAUUUUACUGUCUGAUCCUCACCUCCCCACCUGGAUGCCUCAGCUGGAUUGGUGCCAGCAUGCCCACCUUCUCUUCCUGCCUGGGAAAAAGCUGAUUCCUGGGGCCCCCCCCCCCACUAAGAAGACAGCAUGAGGAAGCCCAAGGCCUGAGAGGAGAUGGGGCAGGGUUGAGAGGGGCACGUAGGUGUGCCUCACCCUGCUCACGGGCCUCGGUCUUCGACCCCUACGGCACCGGCCCCCACGGAUGCCCCUUUCUCAGCAGACCCACUGAGAAACAGUGACCGCAGCUACCUGGAGGUCUAGGUCUGAGAAGCAGGACUGAGGGAUUGGGUCCUAGUGGCCUGGGCCUGGGCUGGGGCCUACCUGGACUCUCCAGGCCGGCAGAGGGAUGCUGCGCUCAGGGCUGGACCCUGAGGGCCCUGAGACAGGAGCUGAGUUCUGCUUCACCCUCUCUUGGCUGGCAGCUCAGGGUGAGGGCGGAAGUGCUGGUGCUCACCUGGGCCCCACCAGGCCUCCCGAUACAUUCCUAUGGCAGACUCGCUGGGGGGCACCCUGGGAGGAGCAUGACCAGAGGUGCUGCCUCCUUGGAGGCCGCAGAGCCUUGCUUUCCAGCCUUGGGGGAUGGUGACGAGGAGACCUUCAGCACUGCAUCCUCUCUUGCGAACGGGGUGGUCCAGCUCCCUAUUGCACAGAUGGAAAACUUGAGUCCCAGCGAGGCAUCAAGCGUCAGAGCUGGGCUCAGAACUUGGAUCGCUCCCAUUCCGGAUCCAGGGAUAAAAGGCUGGCUCGGCCUCACCCCGUGCACCAACGGUCUUCCCUAAGGCUGCCCGAGGACUCCUCUGCUACUAAUUCCUUCUGCAGGGCAGCGGCCCUUUGGCUUCCGGCGUGCCAGA